CCGAUUAUCCUUUUCGUAGAAAAUAAGGGUAGGGGUCACAUCGAGCAGGUCCCGAUCCAUAAGCACAGAAAGAUGGGAGUGCCAGAUGGAGAUGCAGAAAAGGGAAAGAAGGUUUUCGUUCAGAGAUGUGCCCAGUGCCAUACUGUAGAAGCAGGUGGCAAGCACAAGACUGGCCCCAAUUUACAUGGGCUAAUUGGACGAAAAACUGGGCAAGCAGCAGGGUUUGUGUAUACAGAUGCCAACAAGGCCAAGGGUAUCACCUGGAAUAAAGACACAUUAUUCAUCUACUUGGAGAAUCCCAAGAAAUACAUCCCAGGCACAAAGAUGGUUUUUGCUGGCAUCAAGAAACCACAGGAGCGAGCGGACUUAAUUGCAUAUCUAGAACAAUCAACAAAGUAAAUCAAUUAGUUGCCACAGCUGUAGUGAUAUUUUAUUUAUCCACCUGGGGACGUGGACUAAAAGAGAACUUAGGAGUCUAGUUUGUUGUGAUUUGAGUGAAAUUGUGCGUCCUCAGAACAACUUGACAAUUCUCAUGUACAGUUUUUUUUUAACUUAUUUGGCUGUUUGUGUGUGCUGGCCACUGUCACAGCAUGCUGUCAGAUAGUAUUUCUUGUGUUAUGCAAUACAAGAAUUUGUUGAUCUAAAAAUAAUAAAAAAUAAGGUGAACACUGAA